UCUUUUUUUUGUCAACUUUAUUCAAUGGAGAUGUGAUUCAGUGAUCAUUCCUUGUACGUAUAUCGUACACAAUUAACUAAUCUGAAGCUAUAGAAACAGAAGAUAGUAUCGUCCAAGUUUCAUAACAAACUACCGUUACGCGAAGAAUAAAACUACAAGGGAAAAAACGAAAGGCAGAAAGUUUAUAUACUCAUGAAUUGGCCCUAACCUCAAAAAUAAAAAUUUUAACAGAAUUUAGUAUGAUUUCUGUUUUACGACACGUAUUAUUUACCAGCAUCAAAAGAAGAAAAAGUGUGGUUUCUGAGGCUCUGAUAGUACUUCCUAUUUCUCAUAUUCACACAAGUAAUUGGCUAAAACACGGAGAGUAUGAAUUUCAAGAUCCUAAAUCUGAAGAUGAAGUGGUGAAUAUUACUUAUAUAGACAAGAAUGGACAAAGAAUACCAGUUCGAGGUAAGGUAGGGGAUAAUGUCCUCUACCUUGCACAUAGAUUCAAUAUUGAAAUGGAAGGAGCUUGCGAAGCAUCUUUAGCAUGCACAACAUGCCAUGUUUAUGUAUCUCAUGACUAUUUGGAUAAGUUAAAACCAGCUGAAGAGAAGGAAGAGGAUUUAUUAGAUCUAGCACCAUUUUUGCGUGAAAACUCACGAUUAGGAUGUCAAAUCAUUUUGACUAAGGAUCUAGAUGGUAUCGAACUAGAGUUACCAAAGGCAACUAGAAAUUUUUAUGUAGACGGUCACACCCCAGCACCACAUUGAUAUUCACCUACAAAGUUACCCAUCUGUCCUGUAAAUAUUACAACAUACAAGAUCGUUACAUUAAAUAUUUCACUGCUUUAAAACAAUAAAUAGUUCCUAUUUA